UGCGAUAGUGACGGAGGAGGAUACUGGUUUCAGGAUCACUCAUCCACGGUCGCCAGCGCCGGUUGUUGGCACUGAGGAGGAGACGGACUUCGGUGGACACGGUACACUCUGCCAGGCGCAGACUCGGUGCACAACAACAGGCGGCCCAGUCCACUCCACAGGAGCGCGUUUGGAGGACGGCGAGGCACGACGUGAGCCGCCUCCUCACACGAGUGACACCGGUCUAGAAGAUGGAGAGGUUGCACCUACUCCCACUUGUGGACAGGACGGGGAGGACGAACGUCCUCCGACGGGCCACCAAGUCGGCCUCUACUGCUCGCCCGACAGUCAUCCGCGCACCGACGAGUUAUUGAACAUGGAUUCCGCCUUCGCAUUACUGUCCGAUGUAUCGCUAUUGAUAUCUCCCACUUUGGCGGUUGUGGCACCACCGGAGCCUGCUGGACGAGACGACGAGCGUCGCAACAGAGGGUUCGACGAGUUCGGCGGCGACACGAUACUGCAUCCUUUAGAGUCCGGCACUCCCGCCAUUUUUCAUGUCGGUGCACCGUGGGCGGUGGAGCAGGGGUUGGCGGAGGAGGUGGCACGAAACCGUCGUGGCGGACCGCCCGUCGCAGCGCAACGGGGUCAUGGUUCGCAUCAGUUAUCGGACGGCGUGUCAUCGGUCCGUCCACCGGACGAGGGCGUGCAACGAGAGCCACAUCGAGGCUCGACGGAGACUUUAGAGGCGAGGCAUCCCGGAGUUAUCCACUCGGACAAGGGCGUGGCCCAUGAUACGGCGCAGCCAGGGAGCGCAAACGCUGGAUGGUCCAUGGGGGGGGGCAUCGAGCGCAUAAUGUCAUCGACCGCACACGGCGUUGGAGGAGGCGUGGGCGGUGGCGGGGGCGGCGCAGACGCUGCACGGUCCAUCGGGGGGGGCAUCGAGCAUAUAGGGUCAUCGACCACACACGACGUUGGAGGAGGCGGGGGCGGGGGCAGGGGCGGGGGCGGGGCAGACGCUGCACGGUCCAUCGGGGGGGGCAUCGAGUGCAUAAGGUCAUCGACCGCACACGACGUCGGACACGCGCACGUAGAUGAGCCUCGACCGCAUCUGAUGGGGAUGCGUGACAUCAUGCGUCCACCACUAUCACGCUCCCCUGCCGCUGACCCCGUCGCCCAUGGGCAGGCCUCGCAGAGCGCAUUGCCGACGAGGUCUUUCUACGACGGUGCGGCCAUGGACCAGUGGGAGUGCGAUAUCGGACAUGCAUCAUCAUGCGGACCGGCAGAUGUGCCGACGAGGUCUUUCUACGACGGUGCGGCCAUGGACCAGCGGGAGUGCGAUAUCAGACAUGCAUCAUCAUGCGGACCGACAGAUGUGCCCGCGGGGGUGCGAUUGAUCGGCAACGUCGAUGGCACUUGUCACGGUUCCAUGAGAGCUUACGAGGAGCAGCAUGGGAGGCCUAUACGGGCCAAGACGACCGAUGUCCACGAAACCAGGACGGCUACUGCCAGGCUAUCACGGACGAGGAAGAAGGGAAUAGGUGCGUCCAUUCCGUAUCACAGGCGCCGCCCGCAUCCUUUUUUCCGCAACCGUGACGAGACCGGACAGAUGCCAGCUGCUGCAAAUGGACGGGGCAGGGUGGACGGAGGUGAGAGAGUGGACGAAUCAGGACGAGGUGAGAAGAGACGAGGCGGCACGAUCAUCAUCCACGACGACAGCUCCACAGCCGCUGAGGGUGGUGAGACCACAGGCGCUGACGAUCCUAAUGACUCCGAUUACGUCCCGAGGAUCCGGACGGCGGAGGUCGUCCCGUGAGGAUGAGGACUGGACCUGGCCCGGAAGGUCAUUGCACCCCAUCGGCACAUUUGUCGU